CACACAACAUACAAUAAAUUCAGAAAUACCGAACUCAUCAAGGACAACAAUAAAUGCGGUAUCGUCAACGAAACCCACAACGUCUGCUCUCGGUCGAGAAAUGGUGAUUCUGAUGGUGGGAAUCGGAGUGGUGGAAGUGACGAUAAUUAUUGUGGGAAUUCUAGCAGUCAAGCGAUUUAGACAGAAUAAGAGCAAAACGACAAGACGCAGUAAAGAAAAUGUCGGUCGACCUGUUUCUAGAAAGACAGUCUGUAGUAUUGAUAACGUAUAUGCCACGAUUCCAGAGGAGGAAUUCGAAGAGAAUCCAUAUAAGGAUCUCUCUGAAGGGGUGUAUGAUACAACCUCAAAACGAAGAUCUCAUGUCAAUGGUAGCCGGAACGAAUAUUCCAGAGGAAGUUUUUAUUCUCGUUUGUUUCGAAGUUCAAAAAUAAGCGGAAGAAGUUCAAUACAGGAAAUGCAUCCAAUGUUUUCAACAUUCCGAGACACGAAAAAGGAAACAAAGUAAUUAGUUAAAUCUCAGAUAACUGUUUGUGUGACUUUAAAUUACUAUCAUAAAUUUUUACAUGUAUUUUUUAAAACAAGGUAGGGUCUCAAGAAAUAUAUUGCCCAGUGUUUUCUAAUAUAUAAAGGUGAUGUAAGAAAUUAAAACUCUGACUUUUUGAACUGUUGAAAUUCCAUGCAGUAGGAAUACAUGUAUACAAAUCGUAUUUCUCAGAUGACCUACUAAGUGCUUAUAGGGACGUCUUGAACGUCUAAAUUUUUUCCCAUAUUUUCUUAAACCUUUCAAAGGACACCAUUUUAGUGCAUUCUCUAUUCGAUAAUAUGGAGAACAUGCAUCACCAAAACCAUUUUGAAAAUUUGUUAUUUUUCAAAGAAUUAUACAACACUGUUUAUCGUAAAAAAUAUAGUGAGAAAGAACUUUGGGCAAUUAUUACAACUUUUUAAGGGAAAUAAAUACAGAAAUGAGUCAUGUAAAACUUUUCUGUUGAAAACUUUUUAAAAAAAAUAAUACAUGUAUGUACAAACUAAAUGACGUCAUAUUUUCGGUAUGUCAUAUUUAUUUCAUAAUUUAUCAUAUUUACAUACUCAACUCAAUUUCAAGGCACAGAUAAUUCAACUUCUUUUAAUUGUUUUAUUUUUCAUAAACAAAUUGAUUUACAACCAACUUUUUGAUGAUAUGAUUUUUAAUAUAUAAUUGUUUUCAAGGAGUUAAUUUUAAAUGGAAAUUGUGUAUACUAUGAAUUUUAAUUGUUAUGUGUUUUUUUUUAUCUUUGUCAACCAGAAUUAAUUGCCGAUGAAUCAAUUGCCGAUCUCUAUAGAUUGUACAGCUAAUAAGUGAAAUAUAUUUGAAAUAUAAAUGAACGUGUGAUUAACAUAUCUGAAUAUACAUUUCAUUCUUUUAACCUUGUAUUUUAUCCUUGUACAUAUUAGUAACAACGUACAUAUGCUGAAUAAUGCACAUUGAUGUACAUAUAUAAUAAAUUAUUAUCGGGCUUAUUGCUUGAUUAUGCUAUCAUUUAGAAGGGUGUUUUGAAGCGAGGAAAUAUUUCAUGAUAAUUGGGACAUUAAUAUUAAUUGCAUAUAAAUUUAUAUUAUUUGUAUACAUUGUCAUACUAAUGUAACCAUAACCAACUUUUUGUAGUCAAGCAUUAUUACAAAAUUUCAAAAUUUUCCAAUAUUUUAUCCAUAUGACGGUUUAACUAAUGUAUAUUUUAUUUAUUAUAUGUCAUUAUGUAGAAGGAAGAAUUAAAGAAGUUAGUUCAACAGGCUCGAAAUUCAUAGAAUUGAAAAUUCUCGUAAAAAUGUCAGAUUUCACAAAAUACUUUAAAUCUAAACGUGUAUAAAACAAUAUUAUUUAUUUUAGGUUCCUCAUUAUUAUGAAUCAUAUUAUAUAGGGAAAUAUCCUAUCCGAAAUAUAUUAUCAGGAAACACGAAUAA